AUGACGGUAGCAGUAGACCCAGUCUCCGUGGCCGAGCGCCAAAUCGUCGCUGAACACCAACUUCGCGAGAAAGUCAUCAACGAGGAGUUCAAAAUCUGGAAGAAAACCGUCCCGCUCCUCUAUGACACCAUCCAUACCCAUGUCUUAGAGUCGCCGCUGUUGUCGGUGCAGUUCUUGCCCAACUACACGGUUUCCGAAAACAAAAACAAAAUCUCGGUCCAGGCUUUGUUUGGAUCAAACACCUCUGGAAGAGAGCAAGACCAUGUGAAGUUGGUUCUGUUGGAUUUACCUAGUACGCUAGCUCCAGACUUUAGUACUUUUGCCGUGGGUGACAGCAUACCGAUCCCUAUGAAUGGAGAUGGUUUGGACUCGUUCAAGGUAUUGCAAUCGUGGAAACAUCCGGGUGAGGUCAACAAAAUCAAAGUCUCUCCCAACGGAGAGAAAUGGAUUACUUUCGAUAAUCAGGGCCUUGUCCACUUGUAUAACCGCAAGGACGAGUCUCCCGUGGACUUUUCCUACCACACUAGUGAGGGGUAUGCGUUGGAAUGGGUUUCUGAUAUGGAGUUUUUGUCUGGAGCCAACGAUUCUCGGAUUGCGCUUUGGGAUAUCAAAGAUGCCUCUAAGCCCCUCAAGGAAUUCAAUUCUCACACAGCAGUGAUCAAUGAUAUCAGCUUCAGCCCAGCCGCGAAGGUGCUCUUCGGUUCUGUGGCUGACGACUUCAACACAUAUAUCCACGAUCUUCGUUCACCAGAAGAGUCUCCCGCAAUCAAAAUCUCCACAAACCACAUCCAGAACGCCAUAUCUUUCCAUCCGCUAUUAUCAUCGCUUUUUGCCACAGGCGGAAAAGAUAACGUGGUGAAUUUGUACGACGCCAGAAACACUAAGGAACCAUUCAGAAAGCUCUUCGGUCACAACGAUUCGGUGGUGGGCUUAACGUGGGACACUUGCUACGAUCCCAACUUCUUGUACUCGUGGGGAUUGGACAAGCGGGUCAUUAACUGGGACUUGAGUAAGUUGUCCGAGGAAGUCACCUACCCAUCUUCCGAAGCCUCUGAAUCCAAAAGAAGAACCAGAGUUACUGAAGAUCCAUGUUUGGCGUUCAUUCACGGUGGCCACACUAGCAGAAUCAACGAGUUGAGUGUUCAUCCCAAGAUCCCAAAUCUUUUCGCAACUGUUGGCGAUGACAACUUGCUAGAGGUUUACAAGUCAAAGACACUUUUGGAGGAGGAAGAGGAUGAAGAAGAGGAAGAGAAGGAGGAGGCGGAGGAAGAAGAAAAGGACGAUGCUGAGGAUAAGCCUGAGGCUAAAAAUGAGGAUGUUGAUAUGAAGGAGUAG